CACAACCCCUCCCACACACCCCGCUCCCUGCUCCUGUCACUCUCUCAUCUUCUCCCACUGCUGCCGCCCCUGCCACUCCAGCCGCCCCUGCCACUCCUACUCCUGCCACUCCUGCCACAGCCGCUGUUGCCCUCCAAGCACCCGCGCCCGCACCACCAGUGGCAGUGAGGCCUCUUUCCCGCGCGGUGGUGCAGCACCUCAUUCUGCUGCUCGUGUGCCAGGGCUACAUGGUACGUGCCUAA